AUGUCGAAAGCUGCCACUGUCAGACUCAAAAAGGAGUACAAGAAGCUUCUGGAACAGCCUGUUCCACUGAUUGUCGCUAAGCCAGCUGAAUCAAACAUCCUCGAAUGGCACUACGUGAUCACAGGUCCUCAAGAUACACCUUACGCCGAUGGGCAGUACCAUGGAACCGUUGUCUUCCCCAGGGAGUAUCCCUUCCAACCUCCAACUAUACGGAUGAUUACCCCAAGUGGUCGGUUUGUGCCUGGCCAGAGGAUCUGUCUGUCUAUGUCAGACUUCCAUCCUGAGUCCUGGAACCCUGCCUGGAACGUUUCUACUAUCCUGAAGGCAUUGCAAAGCUUUAUGGUUGACGAUGAACCUGCUACCGGUUAUAAUGAGUUUCGCUAA